GGCGAGCCCCGAGCCUCUCCGGCCCGGCCCGCGCUCCCCGCCUCCGCCUCCCCGGGCCGGCGGUGGCGGCGGCGGCGGCGGCGGCGGGUGAGCUCGGGGGGCCCGGCCGCCCCCCGCCCCGCAGCCCCGGCCCCGCCGGGCCCCGCCCCCCGCCGAGUGCAUGAGGUUGACGCUACUUUGUUGCACCUGGAGGGAAGAACGUAUGGGAGAGGAAGGAAGCGAGUUGCCCGUGUGUGCGAGCUGCGGCCAGAGGAUCUAUGACGGCCAGUACCUCCAGGCCCUGAGUGCUGACUGGCACGCCGAUUGCUUCAGGUGCUGUGACUGCAGCGCCUCCCUUUCGCACCAGUACUAUGAGAAGGAUGGGCAGCUGUUCUGCAAGAAGGACUACUGGGCCCGCUACGGCGAGUCCUGCCAUGGGUGCUCGGAGCACAUCACCAAGGGGCUGGUCAUGGUCGCCGGUGAGCUGAAGUACCACCCGGAGUGCUUCCUGUGUCGCACAUGUGGGACCUUCAUUGGCGACGGGGACACCUACACGCUGGUGGAGCACUCCAAGCUGUACUGCGGGCACUGCUACUACCAGACUGUGGUGACCCCUGUCAUUGAGCAGAUCCUGCCCGACUCCCCCGGCUCCCACUUGCCCCACACCGUCACCCUCGUGUCCAUCCCAGCCUCAACACAUGGCAAACGUGGCCUCUCGGUAUCCAUCGACCCCCCUGUCGGCCCAACGGGCUGUGGCACAGAGCAUUCCCACACCGUCCGUGUCCAGGGAGUGGACCCAGGCUGCAUGAGCCCCGAUGUGAAGAAUUCCAUCCACGUUGGAGACCGGAUCUUGGAGAUCAAUGGCACACCCAUCCGGAAUGUGCCCCUGGAUGAGAUUGACCUGUUGAUCCAGGAGACCAGCCGCCUACUACAGCUGACCCUCGAGCACGACCCUCACGACUCGCUGGGCCAUGGGCUGGGGCCCGAGCCCAGUCCCCUGAGCUCACCGGCCACGCACACUCCUAGCAGCAGUGGGGCAGGCAGUGCCUCCCGCCAGAAACCAGUCCUGAGGAGCUGCAGCAUCGACAGGUCUCCAGGGGCCAGCUCGCUGGGCUCCCCCGCCUCCCAGCACAGGGACCUGGGCCGCUCCGAGUCCCUGCGUGUGGCCUGCCGGCCGCACCGCAUCUUCCGCCCGUCAGACCUCAUCCAUGGGGAGGUGCUGGGCAAGGGCUGCUUCGGCCAGGCCAUCAAGGUGACGCACCGUGAGACAGGCGAGGUGAUGGUGAUGAAGGAGUUGAUCCGCUUCGACGAGGAGACCCAGAGGACGUUCCUCAAGGAGGUCAAAGUCAUGCGGUGCUUGGAGCACCCCAACGUGCUCAAGUUCAUCGGGGUGCUCUACAAGGACAAGAGGCUCAACUUCAUCACCGAGUACAUCAAGGGCGGCACCCUGCGGGGCAUCAUCAAGAGCAUGGACAGUCAGUACCCGUGGACUCAGAGGGUCAGCUUUGCUAAAGACAUUGCGUCGGGGAUGGCCUACCUCCACUCCAUGAACAUCAUCCACCGGGACCUCAACUCCCACAAUUGCCUGGUGCGAGAGAACAAGAAUGUGGUGGUGGCUGACUUCGGGCUGGCACGGCUCAUGGUGGACGAGAAGACACAGGCCGAAGAUCUGCGCAGCCUCAAGAAGCCAGACCGCAGGAAGCGCUACACUGUGGUGGGCAACCCCUACUGGAUGGCACCUGAGAUGAUCAAUGGUCGCAGCUAUGAUGAGAAGGUGGACGUGUUUUCCUUUGGGAUCGUCCUGUGUGAGAUCAUCGGGCGUGUGAAUGCCGACCCUGACUACCUGCCCCGCACCAUGGACUUUGGCCUCAACGUGCGAGGCUUCCUGGACCGCUACUGCCCCCCAAACUGCCCCCCGAGCUUCUUCCCCAUCACCGUGCGCUGCUGUGACCUGGAUCCUGAGAAGAGGCCCUCCUUCACAAAGCUGGAGCAGUGGCUGGAAACCCUGCGCAUGCACUUGGCCGGCCACCUGCCCCUGGGCCCGCAGCUGGAGCAGCUGGACAGGGGAUUCUGGGAGACCUACCGGCGUGGCGAGAGUGGACUGCCAGCCCACCCUGAGGUCCCUGACUGACCUGGCCUACCACCACCAGGCCAGGCCCUGCCUUGCCUCUCCUGCCUGCCAACGCCGCCGCACACCCCAUAGCCCUCCUCCUUCUGCCUUACCUCUGUCUGGCAGGGGCUGCCCUCCAGUGUCCCUGCAUGAGCUGGGGGAGGGGAGCCUCAGUGUGAGUCCAUGCCCUUCCCACAUGCCAGCCCCUGUACUGGCUGCCCUGCUCGCUGCUGUGCCAUGACGCCAGGCUGGGAGGCAGCCGCAGGUGCAUGCCCAGCCCAGCCCAGCCUGGGAGGGUGCCGUGUGUCAAGGGAGAGACCACGGUGGCUCUUGGAAGUAACAGGUACUGACCAGUGUCCACGCCUCCCCCACCCCAGCAGGGAAGGGCCUCGGGCAUGAAUUACCCACCCCAUCCCACCCCAAUUGUGCCAUGCACCAGGCAGCAACCCCUUCUCCCGCUUUGGGCCAUUUUCAUUUCUUGAUCAAAGCCACUUUAGUGGGAAGCAGGUACCAGGCCUCGGGGUGAAGUGGAGUUUGGUUAAGGGAGAGGGGACCAUAGGGGCCUGGGCCCAGGAAGCUGGGCAGAGCCAAGGGGAUGGGGCUUGUCCACCAGCAGCCCCGCCCCACUGAGGUUCAUCUCAGCGGCCCCGCCCCCUCUCUUCACCUCCCCCUCUUCCUCUGGGUUCUUUCUGUGUAAUCUAUUUUUUAAGAAGAGUUUGUAUUAUUUUUUCAUACGGCUGCAGCAGCAGCUGCUGGGGGCGGGAGGGCACUUAGGGGGUUUAUUUUUUUUUUUCUGGCGGGUGGGGGUGGGAGGGCCAUUUUGUCACUUUGCCUCAGUUGAGCAUCUCAGAAGUAUUAAAACUGUGAAGCCUUCUCAUUGCACUUUGAACCUGGAGAAUAUUCCGGAAGGGCCCCGGGGGACUCUGAUCACUCCCCCUCACCCCCUCUCAAGCCAGGCAUGGUGAUGUCCAAGAAUAAAACCCAGACUCGGAACAAUAAAAUCAAUUCUGUGCUCCCCA